GUCGGGUCCAGAGUGAGCAUGUGGACUCUCCUGCCAAUCCUCAUCUCCUUAGCCUCCCGAACCGUCUUCUCCCAAGUGGAUGCAGGACAGUACAGGCUGAUGCUGCACGGUGGAGAUCACCCUUGCGAGGGCUACGUGAGGCUCCACAUAAAGGGCCGGUGGGGGUCGGUGGGGAGCGACGACUGGACCAAAACCAACGAAGACGUGGUGUGCAAGAGCAUCGGCUGCGGUACCUCCCUGCGCUCCACCGACAUUCCGCUCACGGUGGAAGCCAUGGGUACGGUUUGGCUGAACAAGGUCAAAUGCAAAGGGACGGAAGCGCACCUGUGGGAGUGUCCCGGGCCACCUGGCUUGGGCGUCGGCAAGUACGAUGGCGACAUGGUGAAGAGGAUCACAUGCUCAGAAAAGGGCGAACUCAAGCUGAAGGGUUAUAAAUGCGCUGGGGCAGUCUACUACGAGAAGAAGGAAAACAAAGACACCUAUUUUUGUGACAACUGGGACCGAGGGGACCACUUUGCCGACAAACUGUGCAAGGAACUCAAAUGCGGCGGAAUGAAAGAGAAUGCCGACGAGCGGAUCUUCACCAAGCCCGUCCUUCCGUCCGAAUACCGGCAGGUCAGCACGAAGUGCACUGGCACAAAGGAGGAGACCUAUGCCUGGCAGUGCAACCCUAAGGAGGAGAGAUGCAACCGUCCCGCAAUCGUCGUCUGCCAAGAUCAUCACGUGGUUCGGAUCAAGGGCGGGAAGGACCGCUGCAGCGGGACCAUGGUCUGGCGGAACGGGACGCUGGUGAAUUGCAGCAUGGUGGCGGACAAGUCGACCUGCGAGAAGAUGCGCUGCGGAGCCUUCAACAGCAGCACGUGCGACAAGAAACGCCACAUGCUCACCUGCUCGGACAAGAUUAAAAUUGUCCUGGCGGACGUGACUUUCGGCAAGAUCCUAGUGGACGGCCCUAAGGGGAAGAUGCCCGUCUGCGCCUCCGAAUGGAAGCACGUGAACAGCAAGGUGGUCUGCAAGGAGCUGGGCUUUGGAGAGGUAAUUGACACUUCGUUUAAGAUUGAGAGAACCCUGGCGAUACUGGAUAAAGUGACAUGCUCUGGGGAUGAGGAGUCGCUGUGGGACUGCACGGCCAAGUACUCCGAGGACGAACUCCAACCGUGUAAUAAUGUCACCUCGGUCAUCUGUGGAGCUAGCCUCGAGGUGAGGCUUGCGGACGGGCCGGGGAGGUGUGCGGGGCGGUUGGAGAUGAAGUUGGGGCGUGACUGGUUCCGGGUGGCGCAACAGUGGAGCGAGGACAACUCUCACGUGGUCUGCAAGGAGCUGCGCUGCGGAAAGGCCCUCCUCGGCAAGACUCUGGACAAGAUCUCCCAGGGAUCCCUGCCCUAUUUGGAUAAGUUGUUUGCGUGUGGAAAAACAUCCGAUAAACUGUCCGCUUGUCCGGCGGUGGCCUCUGAACGCAAACAACAGAAUCCACAACUGACGAUGCUGGUUUGCGAAGACCACCUGGAGGUGUUUUUGAACGGCAGCAGUUGGUGCGAGGGCCUGGUUGGGGUCCGGCAACAUGACAACUCCUUCUGGCUGUCGGGGUCCAAUGCCACUUGGACCCAAGCGGCCGCCGAUCUAGUGUGCCAACAGAUGCAUUGUGGGAGCGCCAAAGACCACGACUCGAGGGAUUCCUCCGAGAUCCCGGGCACGAACCUUUGGCCAAGGGAGUACAAGUGUUCUUCCAAGGAGAAGUCUCUCUUCGAUUGCCCCUCGUCCAAACAAACUGACAAUUCCACCAUCGCCUUUGUGAGAUGUGCAGGCCAAGUAUCUCUGCAGCUGAAGAGCCACUGCUCAGGUGAUGUGGAGGUGUGUGUCAACAACACCUGUGGAGGUGUGUGUGUGGACUCGUGGUCCGAAGCCAAGUCCAAGGAUCUGUGCCAGAGCUUGGACGGCUGCGGGCACUACAUCAGCGACCUGGUUGGCCCAGGGGAGUCCAGGCAAAGAAUUCCCCCUCUCGUGAAGAGCCUGCACUUCCACCCAGAGUUCGGGAAGAGCCUGGUGAUGAACGAGGGCAGCGUCUGCAUGGGCAGUGCCGCCGUGGUCACCUGCUCAGGCAGCCUGAAGGCCAAGAUGGCCGCGUCCAGGGACUACUGCUUUGGGACCGUGAAGCUGUUCUCCAACCGCAAGCCGUAUCCCAUCUGCAAUGGCGCUCUGACCAAGGGGGUUCAGGGAUCCAUUUGCAAUGAGCUGGACUGCGGGGAAAGCGAGUCACUGGAGUUCCUGCCGCAGUCGCCCGGCAGUCCGUUAUCCGUGGUCGCGUUCGACUGUCCCGCGGCCAACAAGUCCAUGGCGAACUGUAGACCCUCUUUAAAGACGAGCGACUGCUCCGAGGGAAGACUCAUGUGUUCUGGCUGGAGGCGAUUGGUCCUGAAGAGCCAAGCAGGGGCCUGCGAGGGAUUGGUGUUUAAGUACUCCGGUGAGGCUCCGGUGGCGGUUUCCAGCCAGGGUUGGACGGAGGCUGAGGGCGAGCGUCUCUGCAGGGACCUGGGCUGCACAGGGUACAAGAGCCACACGGAUAAGCACCCCUGCAAUCAGACCCUGUGGGGGAUCUUCAACUGCUCCGGCGUGGACACGCCCAAGAACAUCUGGGACUGCCUCCGGAGCGAAUCGCCGGCUGGGAGCGAGCAGCUGUACCUCACCUGCACAGGCCACCGUAAUGCCACGCUGUCCAAGAAAUGCAGGGGCGAUGUGUCGCUCAACAAAAUGCCCGUCGCCAUCCAAGGCUGGACGAAGGCAAACGCCAACCGCGUCUGUAAGGAGAACCACGACUGUGGCGAAGCCUUCGAAGGACAUGAGGCCAGUGGAGGAAACGCGGCGGGCAGCGCCAUACAGGUCAGCUGCCUGGGCCCCGAGGAUCGGCUGGGCCAUUGCAUGACCUCCGAGGUGGCGCCCGGCGGCCAAACGGUGUCGGUCUUCUGCAGACAUGCCUUUAAAUUCAACACCACGGAGAAGUGCGGAGGCCGGGUAAAAGUGCAGUAUCCAGAGGGCGAAUGGCAGACGAUGUGUCUCCAUGGGACGUUAAACGACAAAGUGAAGGUAGACCUGUGUACACUGCUGGGUAAUGGUUGUGGCAAGCCAAUCAGCAUCGCCCCAGAGUCACCUCUGAUCCCAGCAGAGGAAGAGAAGCAGGUUGAUCUUAAAAUGAGCUUGAAUUGUACUCAAGAACACUUCAGCAUCCGUUACUGCGUGGGCAAGGCUUCCUGCAAGGGGUUCAAAGCGGCGGAGAUCUACUGUGAAGGUUACGUGGCCCAGCUCCCCCCCGAGGAGACCGACCUGCGACUCCCGGUGGGCGUUGCCGCGGGAACGGUGGCUCUGCUGCUGACCGUGGGGGUCUUCUUCCUGCUGAGGCGUCACAUCCUCAGGAUGGGUAUCCCCAAGCGCCGGGACAUGGAGGUUGAAACCAGCGACUAUGACGAUGUUGGCAGCAGUGUCAACGGGAAGGGCAGCUUAAGCCGCAUGGACUCCAGGUCGCUCCCUGCUGAAGUCCAAUGGAACGACUCGGACGACGCCUCGCAGUCAUACGAUGACAUUGCUGAGGAGGGCCCCGGCGAGACAUUGUCCCUGAUGAAGGAGGAGGCCCCCGAAGAGGAGACCCCGGAGGACAAUCCAAAGAUUUGUUACAGUGACGUCGUUCCCAGCUCAAAAGCAGCAGACAGCGGUAGCCACGGGGUUGACAUCCUGGAGGAUAACGACGACGUGUUGGAGCCUGAACCCAAGAUCGCGGAGACGGCCGCGGAGGCUGACAGCGGGCUUAGAACCCCGCACAGAGAGCUUCCAGAGGUGCCCCCGGACGACAUGGAGGGAGACCAUGAAUAUCUGGAGCAGGAUCCGCUGGGGUGAGACACGCCCACUCCAUUGUAGAGUGAGAGAGAGACGAGGUUGUCUUUCUUGGACGGACGGUUGGAGGAGAAAUGUAUGUUUAAUUGAAACUUCAAAAUUAUGCUGGGGAAACUCAAGGCUCAUCUUGCUGGAAAGUGGCUUUUUUAAAACUUUUAUAAUAAUUAGAUAUAUUAUUAUUAUUAUUACUGUUAUCAACAAUUUAAAGCUAAAGCUUCACUCUUCGGUAAGUUAGUAAUAAUGUGAAUAUUUAACCAAUUUUAACUGUUUUUACUGACGCUGUAAUAGGAACUUUGCUAAAUAAGUAAUAAAGAAUAAGUAGGAUAAGUUUCCUUUCUCUGUUGGAAUGAGUUACAAUGAGUGGCCUGCCACUGUCCUCAAACUUUCAAACUUGUAUGCUGUCAAAUCGCUUAAAAUACAUAUAGAAAUAUUUUAGCUUUUAACCAAAUAUGUUUAAGCAUGCUUAGCCUUUUUUGCUUUCAAAUGCAGCUAUUAAGCCUUGUAUAACUGUCAAGCAGUGAAGAAAAUGUGUGUUUAGAAACUCAUCAAAAUGACUUUACUCAAAACAAUACUCUUGUUCAAUAUGGCAUGGAUUAAAAGGAUUAAAAUGGAUUCUGUGAUUUCGGUCAUUUGAAGAUUAUCAUUGACCGUCAGUUAGCCACAUACAUUUUAUUCAUUAAAAUAAAGUAUGCA